UCUUUUUUUCUUUUUCAGGUUUUUUUGGUGUCGAUACAGAUAGAAGAUCAAUGUCAGUGAUUGAGGGAGAUUCAGUCAGUUUACCUACUGGCAUUAAAACAUAUCAACCAGAAAUGAUUAAAUGGUAUUUUAAUGGCUUUCAAAUAGCUGUAAUCACUGGAGAUCAGAGUUAUAACUGUACAGAUGUUCAGUGUAAAGAUGGUGAUGAGAGAUUCAGAGACAGACUGAAGCUGGAUCAUCGGAAUGGAUCUCUGACCAUCAUGAACUUCAGAACCACAGACUCUGGACUUUAUCAUCUACAGAUCACCAGCAGAAGAGGCAAAAUCAGUACAAACAUUACAAGGAUCUUCAUUGUUGCUGUAUAUGGUUAUCUUGGUGUUGGUGCAGAUGGAUUAUCAGUGUCUGUGAUGGAGGAAGAUUCAGUCACUCUACACUCUGAUGUUAAAACAGACCAAAAGCAGUUUAUUAAAUGGUUUAUGAAUGACAUUCGCAUUGCUGUAAUCACUGGAGAUCAGAGUAAGAUCUGUACAGAUGAUGAGUGUCCUGAAAGAUUCAGAGACAGACUGAAGCUGGACAAUCAGACUGGAUCUCUGACCAUCAGAGACACCAGAACCACAGACUCUGGACUUUAUCAACUAGAGAUCAGCGGCAACACCAGUGAAAUUAUAUUAGGUGUUGUAGUACAUAAUGUUUCUGCUGCUGAACGAGAUGAAAUAAAGAGAAAGUCAGUGAAGGAGGGAGAAUCUGUCACUUUAUACACUGGAGAAAUAAAAAACCCAAAUGAUUUAGAGACGUGGAAUUUUAAUGAGACUUGCAUCGCUGAAAUCAUGGGACAAGCCAGUAAGAUCUGUUCAGAUGUUCAGUGUAAAGAGAGAUUCAGAGACAGACUGAAGCUGGAUCAUCAGACUGGAUCUCUGACCAUCACAAACACCAGAACCACAGACUCUGGAGAAUAUAAACUACAGAUCAUUAACAAUGAAAAACUGCUUAAUAUUAGUCAUUGUUCUAGAGAACUCUCUGGAGAUGAUGUGUCCGUGUCUGUGAAUGAGGGAGAUUCAGUCACUCUGCACACUGGUGUUAAAAUAAACCAACAAGAAGAGGUUGCAUGGUAUUUUAAUGAUACUCGCAUCGCUAAAAUCACUGGAGAUCUCCGUUUUAUCUGUACUGAUGUUCAGUGUAAUAAAGGUACUGAGAGAUUCAGAAACAGACUGAAGCUGGAUCAUCAGACUGAAUUUCUGACCAUCAUCAACAUCACAAACACAGACUCUGGAGAAUAUAAACUAGUGAUAAUCAGCCACAGCAGCAGCGAAUCCAAGAUCUUCAGAGUUGCUGUUAAUGAUGUUCCUGCUGCUCGACGAGAUGAAAUGAAGACCAAGUCUGUAGUGGAGGGAGAAUCUGUCACUUUACAUCCUGGUGUAACAAAAACCCCAAAUGUUGUGAUGACGUGGUAUUGUAAUGAGACUCUCAUCGCCGAAAUCACUGGAGAUCAGAGUAAGAUCUGUUCAGAUCUUCAGUGUAAAGAGAGAUUCAGAGACAGACUGAAGCUGGAUCAUCAGACUGGAUCUCUGACCAUCACAAACACCAGAACCACAGACUCUGGAGAAUAUAAACUGAAGAUCAGGAACAGUAACAGCAGUGUUGUUGUCACCAGUUUAAAGAGCUUCAGCGUUUCUGUCACCGGUGAGCCUGUUCCAGGACUGUCUCCAGGAGCUAUAGCAGGAAUUUGUGUUGCUCUGCUGCUCUUCGUCUGUGCAGUCGGUGGUGUUCUUGCAAAAAGGAAAGGAUUCUGUAUGCAGCAAAAUAAUCAGGAGAAUGAUGUGCUCUAAAUCAAGAACACAGCCAAUGACGAGGCUGCCAAAGAUACUACACUUUCUACUUUACUGCUAUGUUCAUUUGGGAGGCCAAGUAUCAAUAUCAUCAUUAGCCUACUAUAAGCUUUACCAUGAUUUAUAUUUACAAAUAGGACGUUAUACAGCACAUUUUUAUAUCAUUGCUUCUGCAUUUGUCUCUCUCUGACACACAUGAAUUAAGCUGCUUGUACAGGAAUCUAGUUCUCGCACAUUUCCCAACUAGAACUUCUUUCUCAGUGUUUACGUGUUCAUUUCAUGUGUUAGUUCAACUCUAAAGUAUAGGCCAGCUGCGAUGAAGCAAUCCUUUCGCUCAUGGUUAGCAUCUUAAGAAGCUGUCUACAUAAUGCCAAGCAAGCUCGCUUCAUAAUGCAUUUGACAAUACAAGCUGACAAGUAAUAACAUUAUUACAUGCGGUCGGUGACUAGUUAUACUCUUCAAACUUGUGUUAUUUCGUAGGUUAUUAAAGAGCGAAAAAACGAAGUGUCUUAUAACAGUACCAAAACUCAAUGCAGUGUGCCAACUUCUGACCAAUAUCACUCCAGUGAAGUGAAACACUGUCUGCCAGACUACAAACUGUGAUCUCCACUUUAAUACACACUGACUGAACUGCAUUUAUUAAUGGGAAAACAAUGGCUUGAAAACAAUUUGACAGCGCAGUGUUAAUAUCUCUACUCCACACUUAAUCAUUUUAGAUUUAAUACACAUUUCACCAACUAGAUCAAAAUAAUCUAUAAAUCCCCUAUAACCAAAAUAAUCAUCUCAAAGCCAUUACAUUUCAAAAGAGGUGCUCAUCAACAAUGCUUAUUUUCUUCUCUAUGACUUGGAAGACUUUAUUGAACCACUAGCAGCAUUAAUUAGGACGUCCACCAAGUAUUUCUUGAAUUCAAUCAGUUUCAUACCAGCAUAAAUUAAGCUUAUAUGCAAUUAUUUUAUAUACUACAAACCCAUCCUCUUCCCUCCCACCAGUAUGUAAUCUCAUUUACUAUUUUAGCUGGAUGUCUAGCUACUUUAUUCCAAGAUCCUGCCCAUCAACGGUUUACCUCACGAAAGUGUCAGAACAAAUUGCCUCUCUCCUCCAAAACAAAAGGAGUUAGAAGUCAUAGCUUUUUAGUCCUAAUCAAAAGUAAUCCUAUGUUUUAUAAUCAAUGAACCAGAGAGUCAAAACUAAUUACACACUAACGGCCUGGUUAUAAAAAUGUUAUUGCCAUAUAAUCAGCAUAUCAUAUUGCACAUUGUUUAGAAUCACAAUAAUAUUGUUUCGUUGUUUAGGAAAUGUGAUAUGUCGAAUAAUAUGUCUUAUACAUUUUAAAAUAAAACAUGAGCAUCAAACACUGCUUCAAAGAAACACAAAUAAACUGUACAUCAGUAAUAAAAUGAGGAACAAACCGACACAAUAACAGAACAAUAAGUGCUAAACCUGUUUUAUUUCAGCUGCUGAAGUGCAGUCACCAGCACAGAACACUGUAAACCCUAUCAAUGCACUGAUCUGAUUAUAUUAUCUUGCCUGUUUACAUGAAUACAUCACCAAGAUGGGCAUUUUCAGACAGGGUCAUGCUCUGAAACAUGAGCUUUCUGUGUGCACAAAUAUGCAAAAAAAAAUUUAAGGCGGCUGUGAAACAAUAUCCACUGAUGUUGUUGAUGUUACAGUUGUGUUGCCAUUUACAGUUUACCUGAAGGGAAUAAUUUAUUCAUUUUAAUACAUGAAUUCCUGAAUGUUAUGUGUGGUUAUUUUUUCUUCUUCUAAUUUUAUGCUUUUCUGUGAAAAACAUAAGCACAUGUGCUGUGAAAAAUGUUGAAGCACAAUUUCCACACUGUUUUUAUUUUUUAUUAUUAUAUUCUUCAGGUACUACUGGUCGAAUUGUGAUGUUGAAUGUAAUACAUUUUAAUGAGCAUUAUUAUAUUUACGAGAGGCUUGCUAUCCUGCACAUUUUCUCAUUUGUUAUCAGUGUUUUGUCCGUCUCAUGUCUUUUUCUGUUCUGUUUAUGAAGCUAUUUUAGAUAUGUUGCAUUUGCUCUGUGUUUUUUAUUAUGUAGUUAUUUUGUGCUGCUGUGUAUAUUCUGUGCAAUACUGUCACAUUUUCUGUGAUGUCAGUCCUGGAAAGCUGUAAGAGCAGUUUUUGAAUGUAAUCAGAUUUGUCAGUCAAUCAAAUCUGAUCCCAUUCAGAAAUAAUGAUAUCCGCCUUCAGAACAUAUCACCGAACACUCAGCUUCAGAGAUCAGUGCAAGAUCGAUGUUUUAAAACAUGGUUUAGAAAUGUCAUGAUGCUGAUUUUUGUGUCGUAAAUGUUACAAAGACAUUGUCAUGCCAGAGUUGAAGUACUGAAAUUGACUUUCAAAAAUCACCCACAAAAUAUUGUAACAAAACCUCAGGAAGAUAAAAUUAUGAUGUGCCUUGUGAUUUUUUUAAUAUAUUUUUUAACUGCAUCAGUCUAUGAAGAAGCUGAGUGUUUAUGAAUGACUAUUUUAUGAUAGAAAUUAAUUUGUAAGACCCAGUAUGUUCACAUGACAAUAAAACAAAUUAGAUUCACUCGUAA